UUCGCAAGUCCCAUAAGACAGCAUAAGCGCACUCCGAGUGCACAUCGUGAGAUCAAAGAAACUUUGGACGCCCAUGUCGAGUUCUCCAACGAUGAAACCGAUGGUCGAACUCAUCAUAGAAUAAACCAAUACGUAAUCCAAGAGGAAAUCGGGCGAGGCUCUUAUGGCUCUGUUCACCUCGCGACAGACCAGUUUGGAAAUGAGUUUGCUGUCAAAGAGUUCUCCAAGGUUCGCUUACGAAGGCGCGCACAGUCCAUGGCCAUGCGUCAAGGCCCCGGAGGACCAUCGCGGCGCAUGCCUGGUAGGGGUGGCAUCAUGCCUUCCCGUCUAAUGGGGUUGCGAGAUAGUGAAAAGAGCGAUGCGCUAUUCUACAUCCGAGAGGAGAUUGCCAUCAUGAAGAAGCUCAAUCAUCCCAACUUAGCCCAGCUUAUCGAGGUGCUCGAUGAUCCGGAUGAAGAUUCUCUAUAUAUUGUCAUGGAGAUGUGCAAAAAGGGGGUCAUUAUGAAGGUCGGUUUAGGUGAACAGGCAACUCCGUAUCCCGACGAGGAGUGCAGGUUUUGGUUCCGAGACUUGAUAUUAGGGAUUGAGUACUUGCAUGCCCAAGGCGUCAUUCACCGUGAUAUCAAACCCGACAACCUCCUGCUGUCAGAGGAUGAUGUCCUUAAAGUUGUCGAUUUUGGAGUCUCGGAAAUGUUCGAGAAGCCAACGAACAUGAGAACAGCCAAGUCUGCUGGAUCACCCGCCUUUUUGCCUCCUGAGCUGUGCAGCAAGCAUGACAAAGUUUCUGGAACGGCUGCAGACAUCUGGUCUAUGGGCGUCACUCUCUACUGUCUCAAAUAUGGCAGAAUACCUUUCAAUAAAGAGGCCAUGCUUGAGAUUUACGAGGCCAUCAAGACGGAAGAACCAGAACUACCAAAAGACGAGAAUCCGUCAUUCGUCCACCUUAUGGGCAGAUUGCUAGACAAGAACCCGGAAACGCGAAUCACCAUGCCCGAGCUUCGGGAGCAUCCCUGGGUGACCAAGGAGGGGACCGAUGCUUUGCUUUCGACGGAAGAAAACUGCGCCAACCCCAUAGAGCCACCAAACGAGCUGGAGCUUAGCCGUGCCUUUACUAGAAAGAUGAACCACCUUCUCUGUGUAAUGAAAGCCAUCCACCGGUUCAGGUGUUCAUUAAUAGCUAGCAGACGCAAGAAAGGCAUACUCCAGCCUGCAGACGAACAGGAGGGGCGCGAACCAACGGACACUACCAACACCAACGCAUCAGUUGCCGAUAUUGCAGCGCUCAUCACACAGCAAAAGACUAUUCUUGCGUCCGAAGCCGGAGACGAAAAGACCCAAGGUCAAGCAUCCGACACCAGCGAUCAAGAGCCACCAUUCUUGGGCAUCGGCACGGGCGCAAGGGAUGCCUUUGCGACAGACGAAGCGACCCCCGAUGUCGUGUCGGACUCGCCCACUGCGGUCGACUUCAACGUGUACGACCGAGCCUACGAGGAGGCAAUCAAGGAGCGCAUGAAACCGAACCAAUCAAACAACCCUAUCUUGUAUCUGACGAAACACAUCAAGGAGAAGGACUAUUUUAAGAAACUGGAGAACUUGGUGGAUGAGGCU